GGGCCCAGCCCCAGCCCCAGCCUGAGCCGCCGCCGGCUCUCCGGGGGCCGCUGAUGCGGGCGCGGGGGCUGCGGCUGCUCGCCAGGGACCCGCCCGCCGGCCGCCCGGCGGCGACCAUGUGAGGAGCUGGCGGUUGCCCACCAAGAUGCAGAAGGGGAUGCGGCUCAAUGACGGGCACGUCACCUACCUGGGGCUGCUGGCGAAGAAGGACGGCGCCAGGAAGGGCUACCUGAGCAAGCGGAGCUCCGACAACACAAAAUGGCACACCAAGUGGUUCGCCCUGCUGCAGAACAUGCUCUUCUACUUCGAGACCGACUCCAGCUCCCGGCCCUCGGGGCUCUACCUGCUCGAGGGCUGCGUCUGCGACCGGGCGCCCUCCCCCAAGCCCUCCCUCUCGGCCAAGGACUCGCUGGAGAAGCAGCAUUACUUCACCGUUAAUUUCAACCAUGAGAACCAGAAGACUCUGGAGCUGAGGACUGAGGAUGCCAAGGACUGUGACGAGUGGGUGGCAGCAAUAGCACAUGCCAGCUACAGGACCCUGGCGACGGAGCACGAGGCGCUGAUGCAGAAGUACCUCCAUCUCCUGCAGAUCGUGGAAACGGAGAAGACGGUUGCCAAGCAACUCCGCCAGCAGAUCGAGGACGGGGAGAUCGAGAUCGAGCGCCUGAAGGCCGAGAUCGCCUCCCUGCUGAAGGACCAUGAGCGCAUCCAGGCCGGCCAGACCAGUGUGCCCAGCGACGAUGACAGUGACAUAAAAAAAAUCAAGAAGGUGCAGAGCUUCCUGCGGGGCUGGCUCUGCCGCAGGAAGUGGAAGACGAUCAUCCAGGACUACAUCAGGUCCCCCCACGCCGACAGCAUGCGCAAGAGGAACCAGGUGGUCUUCAGCAUGCUGGAGGCUGAGGCCGAGUACGUCCAGCAGCUCCACAUCCUGGUCAACAACUUCCUGCGGCCGCUGCGCAUGGCAGCCAGCUCCAAGAAGCCUCCCAUCACACAUGACGAUGUCAGCAGCAUAUUCCUCAACAGCGAAACGAUCAUGUUUUUGCAUCAAAUCUUUUACCAAGGCCUGAAGGCAAGGAUCUCCAGCUGGCCAACACUCGUGCUGGCUGACCUGUUUGACAUCCUGCUGCCCAUGCUGAACAUCUACCAGGAGUUUGUGAGGAACCACCAGUACAGCCUGCAGAUCCUGGCACACUGCAAGCAGAACCGGGACUUUGACAAGUUGCUGAAGCACUAUGAGGCCAAGCCUGACUGUGAGGAGAGGACCCUGGAGACCUUCCUGACCUACCCCAUGUUCCAGAUCCCCCGGUACAUCCUGACGCUGCACGAGCUGCUGGCCCACACCCCCCACGAGCACGUGGAGAGGAACAGCCUGGAUUAUGCCAAGUCCAAGCUGGAAGAGCUCUCCAGGAUCAUGCACGAUGAAGUGAGUGAGACUGAAAACAUUCGAAAAAAUCUGGCGAUAGAGCGGAUGAUUAUUGAAGGGUGUGAAAUCCUGCUGGACACCAGCCAGACUUUUGUGAGACAAGGGUCCCUGAUCCAGGUGCCGAUGUCCGAAAAGGGGAAGAUCCCGCGGGGGCGGCUGGGCUCCCUCUCGCUGCGGAAGGAGGGCGAGCGGCAGUGCUUCCUCUUCUCCAAGCACCUGAUCAUCUGCACCAGGGGCUCCGGGGGAAAGCUGCAUCUCACCAAGAACGGCGUCAUCUCCCUCAUCGACUGCACGCUGCUGGAGGAGCAGGAGAGCACCGACGAGGACGCAAAAACAUCAGGGCAAGACAUUGACCACCUUGACUUCAAAAUCGUGGUGGAGCCGAAAGAUUCCUCCUCUUUUACGGUCAUUCUUGUGGCAUCAUCUAGGCAGGAGAAGGCUGCAUGGACCAGUGACAUCAGCCAGUGCGUGGACAACAUCCGCUGCAACGGGCUCAUGAUGAAUGCCUUCGAGGAGAACUCCAAGGUCACCGUCCCCCAGAUGAUAAAGUCUGAUGCCAGCUUGUAUUGUGAUGAUGUUGACAUUAGGUUCAGUAAAACGAUGAAUUCCUGCAAGGUCCUGCAGAUCCGCUAUGCAAGCGUGGAGCGGCUCCUGGAGCGGCUGACGGACCUGAGGUUCCUGAGCAUUGACUUUCUGAACACGUUCCUGCAUUCAUACCGUGUCUUCACCACUGCCCUGGUCGUCCUUGACAAGCUCAUCACCAUCUACAAGAAGCCCAUCAGUGCCAUCCCUGCACGGUCCCUGGAGCUCCUGUUUGCCAACAGCCAGAACAACAAGCUGCUGUACGGCGAGCCCCCCAAGUCCCCCCGAGCCAAUCGCAAGUUCUCCUCACCUCCCCCCCUCUCCAUCACCAAGUCCUCCUCCCCCAGCCGGCAGAGGAAGCUCUCGCUCAACAUCCCCAUCAUCACCGGAGGGAAGGCGCUGGACCUGGCCGCCCUGAGCUGCUCCUCCAACGGCUAUGCAAGCAUGUACUCCUCCAUGGCACCCUUCAGCAAGACCACCCUGGACAUCAACAAACUGUACGUGUCCAGUAACUAUCCCAAUAAAAUCCCAGAUGAAGGAGAAGCAGCCUCAGAAAAGCAAGAGGAGUCGUUGCCGAGCAAGCAAAGCUCAGAGGUGUCAGUCAGGGAGGAGUCGGACACAGAUCCCAACCAGAGCGAUGAGGCAGAAGCUGAAGCUUCCCCAACAAAAUCUCCAACCACUCCGAAGUCCAUCAAGUGCAAAAAUUCCUCAGAUUUCUCGUUGUUUUCUUACAACAACGGGGUGGUCAUGACGUCCUGCCGGGAGCUGGACAGCAGCCGCAGCGCCCUCUCCGCUGCCUCCGCCUUCGCCAUCGCCACGGCGGGAGCCAACGAGGGGACCCCCACCAAGGAGAAGUACCGCAGGAUGUCCCUGGCCAGCGCAGUUUCAGGCUUCCCAACGGACCAGCGGAACGGAGACAAGGAGUUUGUGAUCCGGAGAGCAGCCACCAACCGUGUCCUCAACGUGCUGCGGCACUGGGUCUCCAAGCACUCCCAGGACUUCGAAACCAACGAGGAGCUGAAGUUCCGAGUGAUCGGCUUCCUGGAAGAGGUUAUCCACGACCCCGAGCUCCUGACCCAGGAGAGGAAAGCAGCUGCCAACAUCAUCAGGACCUUGACACAGGAGGAUCCAGGAGACAACCAGAUAACCCUGGAGGAGGUCGUGCAGAUGGCUGAGGGAGUCAAAGCAGAACCUUUUGAAAACCACUCGGCCCUGGAAAUAGCAGAACAGCUGACGCUGCUGGAUCACCUGGUCUUCAAGAAGAUCCCGUAUGAAGAGUUCUUCGGGCAAGGCUGGAUGAAGCUUGAGAAGAAUGAAAGGACUCCUUACAUCAUGAAGAACACAAAACACUUUAAUGAUGUCAGCAACCUGAUCGCCUCCGAGAUCCUGCGCAACGAGGAGAUCAACGCGCGGGUGAGCGCCAUCGAGAAGUGGGUGGCGGUGGCCGACAUCUGCCGGUGCCUGCACAACUACAACGCCGUGCUGGAGAUCACCUCCUCCCUCAACCGCAGUGCCAUCUUCCGCCUGAAGAAAACCUGGCUCAAGGUCUCCAAGCAGACGAAGGCUCUGAUCGAUAAGCUCCAAAAGCUGGUGUCGUCAGAGGGCAGGUUCAAGAACCUGAGGGAGGCACUGAAAAAUUGUGACCCUCCAUGUGUCCCCUAUCUGGGAAUGUACCUGACUGACCUGGCGUUCAUCGAGGAGGGGACCCCGAAUUACACCGAGGAUGGCCUGGUGAACUUCUCCAAAAUGAGGAUGAUUUCACACAUCAUAAGAGAGAUCCGGCAGUUCCAGCAAACCUCCUACAAGAUUGAGCACCAGCCCAAGGUGACGCAGUACCUGCUGGACCACUCGUUUGUGAUGGAUGAAGAAACCCUUUAUGAAGCUUCUCUGCGGAUAGAGCCCAAGCUGCCUUCCUGAGCCCGGCACCCGCGCCCUCCCCUCCUGUAAAUACUGUCCCGUUCUGUUGGAUGCCCUGGAGUGACUCCCACGUCUGUGCUUCUCCGAGCAAACCGCCCUCCUCCUCCCUAGGCCGCAGCAAACCUCCCGCAGGGUUUCCCGCAUCCUUUAAGGUUUCACACAUCGACACGUGGCUGGAGUCCUGGUUUCUUUCCCAUGAUGUUCUUUUUGUCAUUUGUCCUUUGGGCAGGGGCUGGCGGGAUGGGGGCAGGGGAGCCCCGCGGGGCCCUGGGGGGCUGUGGGCAGUGACAUCCCUGGGCACCCUGCCAGGGGUUGAAGAGAGCGCGGGGGCUUCAUCCCUCUGUGUCAAGCUGCCCUCUCCCCGUGUCCCCCCCGGGGCGGGGGGGUCCCUCAGCUGCUGGGGAAGGUGGGACUGUCCCCCUGCCUCUCCUCGCUGCCUACGGCUCCUGACCAGCUUCUGUGGAUAUGCUGUAGAUCCGUAACCCUUGUGACCACUCUGAGUAACAUGACGUAGUUAGACAACGAUGACCGAGUGUUUUUAUUACAUAUACUGUAAUCCUGUCUAACCACCUUCUAGCAGGAAUAUAGUAAUGUAGUGCUUAUUCUGUGAAUAUUACCAUGUAUUUUUUACAUUGUACAGUAUAUAAACACAGUUUAACUUGGCAGUGGCAGGCAUGCUCCACUCUACAACCAGAACACUUUUGCUGUAAGCAAUACCUCGCGGUAUGAGAAUUCUCUUUCAAGCCCUAAAACUAUUUCAACUUACAGCUUGUUUGGAAAAAAAAAAAAAGAGAGAAAAAAAAAAAAAGAGAUAUUUCCAUUUUUUUUUUGUAAAAAUCUAUGUUUCCUGAUUACCUCUUGCUAAUAAAUCUAUUCUAUCUCAGGGUGAA